AGCCGUGGAACUUAUUCCGCCUUGUAAUUGCUUAUUUGCAUAUUUUUAAUCAUAACAGCGUGAUCCGUAUUGAUUCUCAUUUGUAUUGGUGAUUAUAGCCGUGGUGCUGCUGCUGAGAGAAUUCCGGAACUGCUAAUCAAUUUGCCUUUAUUUUUGGAAACGUGCAGGAUAUACGUUUGCCUCGAAAAGCGAGGCGCCGCCGUUGCUAACCUGCGACGUGAUUGUUUUGUUGGAAUUAUAUGUUCGAAUAAGAAAUGGCAGCAAACAAUUUAAAAAUUUAAUGGAGGAAAAUGGUUUUGUUAAUGCACAAGGGUGGCACGAUGGGUUUCAUACGAGCCUUGGAUAGGGAAAUGCAAGUUGACAAGUCUGAUCAUGCACAUCCACAGCGCAGAGAAAUUAGACUUACAAAUUUAGUUGCACUGUUUUAACAAUGUGAUUCUUGGAUGCAGUUUCUGCCUAAUUAGAUCUGAGACAGCUACCGAAACAGAAUUAAGAUGUGAUUGAUUUACACACAGUGACUGACACAUCCACUGACUAAUAGGAAAAGACUUGGAUGAGUUUAAGCACUCUUCAAUUAGCAUGCUUUUUGCUGGGGUUGUGGGCCCCACAGCAAUGAACAUACUGCAAAAACCAAGGAAAAGCAGUGUUAUGAUAGGUAGGAAGACAAUAAUUGUGUAGACACACAUCACAGGACCUGCCCUUGCCCAAAAUGUAUAAGAAUUUAUUUAUCAUAAAAGCAAACCCAAACCAUUUUACUGCAUAAUGAGCAAAUUGGACUAAUAACUACUGUUCUAAGAUCUCUUCUUACAUUAUAAGAAGCUCUUUGGUAAUACAUAUGAAUUUAUAUGAGUAGACUCGACUAUUAGCUGGGUUUUGGUAUGUGAACAGUGCGUAGUUAAAUUAUUUGGACACACACACUCACUGAAAGGUACAUGCACCCACACAGUGACACCAUUUUGCUCUCUAACAAUCUUGCUAAUUAUAAUUGUUAAUUAAUUCUCUUGCUGUGUCUUCAUCAAGAGACUAAUAACCUACAUUUUCAUUAAUUAGACCUUCAACCCUCUCUAUCUCUCUGGUUCCCUCCCUCCUCCCUUGUUCUCUAGUCGCAGUGUCAGUUAAUAUUGUGCCUGUGUCAGUGACAGUAGAUUCACUGCUUUUCGCCCUUUCUCAGUGUCAGCGUACAGUACACUGCUGGUUUCCUCAGAGAGAGUGAGCGCCUGUGUGUACAGUGUACCGCAUAUUGUUCCCAUCUGCCUGUCGGUGCCCGUGUUUCUGUAGUGCCUUGUCUCCCUCUGCCUAGCCCCGACAGCACUGUUUCUGUAGCCCUUGCACAAGAGUUACCAUAGACAGUUCGACCUGUGCUGAAAUGCUAACACUGUACCGUGCCCCAGUUGCCUGACACAAUAGCGUAGAUGCUAUCGCCAGUUUUCUGCUCAUUCAUUAUUCUGCCUCUUUUAAUAUUGCUACUGUUGGGAAGAAUGAUGGUGCUGAAUCCGUCCACACAGCCUCUAAGCAUUUUUUUACGUUCACAGUACUGAAAAUUUUUUGAUAAAUAAAACUUUGAUACAGUACCCGCUGUACUUAAACACCAGCUACCGUUGUCAUUAAUGAAUGUCGCCCUUGAUACUGCCAAGCCUCUUAUGAUGACUGCUAAUAUUUCAUCGCGCCUGUAGCAUUCGGGAUGCGAUCCUCGGUUCGUUGGCGCUAUCGUUGGGCUGUAAGUGCUAUUACAUCACGGUAACCGGUCUCGUCACAGGUGCUGCCACCAGUGACGCUAUUGGCUGUCGGAGAGCCCCCCGUCGACGGCGAGCGACAAUUUUUGUCUCUGUCCCCCUUCUGCUCAAUCCUUCACUCUCCUGAGAGAUGUAACCCAGAUUUCAAAUGAAUCAUUGCGUAUUCCUCCAUCUCCCUCCCUCCUCUAUCUCUCUCUCUCUCUCUCCCUCUCUCUUUCUCUCUCACUCUCUCUCUCUCUCUCUCUCUCUCUCUCUCUCUCUUUCCUUUCCCCCCUUCCCCCUAGGUAAAACCAGUAUCAAUCUUGGAAAGAGAAUAUCACUUCUGCCUCUUCGUCCUGUGCUUUUCCGGGGUGUGGGGAUAUACAGCACUGUGCUCCUCUAACACCCUUUGGUUCCUGGAAAGCUUCUAUCUCAUCACUUGCCCCUUCUUUUUUUUUUGUUGGCAAGUUUUCGUCUUUUUUUCCCCCCUUUCGGCUCUGCCCCUGUCACAGUUUGCAUUGUCUUUUUCUCUCUCUUUCUCUCACUCCUUAUUUUUUUAUGUAAAUCAGUGGCAGCAGUGUUAAGAUAAGGUUUACAUUCAAAGAUAGGAGGAAGAUACAGAGGGACCGAGGAAGAGGAUCACUUUGGUCUUUGAUCAAGUCUGUCAGCGAGAAGCUGUAAAUACAGCCAGCAUGUCGGCUCCUGUUUCCCCGUCCCCCUCCCUGUCCCCACUGGCCCUCGCCGCCUCCUCCCCUUCCCCGUCCCCUUUGGCUUCCCCCCUGCCCUCCCCUCUCUCCCCGCCGCCCCGAGUGCCCGUCUUCCAGAGGAGGGGGGCCCUGAAGCACAAGCACAUCAUCGAGGUGAAGGACCACCAGUUCACCGCCCGCUUCUUCAAGCAGCCCACCUUCUGCAGCCACUGCACCGACUUCAUAUGGGGUAUUGGAAAGCAGGGCUUCCAGUGUCAAGUAUGCGGUUUUGUGGUUCACAAGCGCUGUCACGAGUUUGUCACCUUUACCUGUCCUGGAGCCAUGACGGGCCCCAAACCUGAGGACGUGAAGAGCAAACACAAGUUCAAGAUACACACCUACUCUAGUCCCACCUUCUGCGACCACUGUGGCUCGCUGCUCUAUGGCCUCAUCCACCAGGGCAUGAGAUGUUCCAGCUGUGAGAUGAAUGUACACAAGCGCUGUGAGUCCAGUGUUCCUAGCCUGUGCGGCCAUGACCACACGGAGAAGAGAGGACGAAUCCACCUGACCAUCAGAGGAGAGCGAGAGGAGAUUCACAUCACAGUCCGAGAGGCGCGGAACCUGAUUCCCAUGGACCCAAACGGGCUCUCGGACCCCUACGUGAAGCUGAAGCUGAUCCCCGACCCCAAGAGCCAGAGCAAGCAGAAGACGCGCACCAUCCGCUCCACGCUCAACCCCGUGUGGAACGAGAGCUUCACCUUCUCGGUGCGGGGCCGACAGUGGGACCGGCGUCUGUCGGUGGAGGUGUGGGACUGGGACCGCACUUCCCGGAACGACUUCAUGGGGGCGCUGUCCUUCGGCGUGAGCGAAAUCUUCCGGCGCUCCGUCUGCGGCUGGUUCAAGCUGCUCAACCAGGACGAGGGGGAGUACUACAACAUCCCUGUCCCGGACCAGGAUUUACAGGAGACCCUACUGGCUCCGCCCCCUUCCCUGCCUCCUCCCCCAAUAGCUGUCCCAACCCCAGUGACUGCUCCCACUCCCUCCUGUCCCUCAGUGCUCUCCCCAGGGAAGAUCCGACUGGGACUGAAGGACUUCAACUUCUUAAUGGUGCUUGGCAAAGGCAGCUUUGGCAAGGUUCUGCUGGCUGAGGAGAGGAGCACUGAGAGGCUGUUUGCGGUGAAGGUGCUGAAGAAGGACGUCCUCUUCCAGGACGAGGACACGGAGAGCGCCAUGGUGGAGAGGAGGGUGCUGGGGCUCAGCGGGCGCCCCCACUUCCUCACCUGCCUGUACUGCGCCUUCCAGACUGAGGACCGUCUGUAUUACGCGAUGGAGUACGUCAACGGCGGCGACCUAAUGUUCCACAUUCAGAUCGUGGGGAAGUUCAAAGAGCCGCACGCCGCGUUUUACGGCGCGGAGGUCGCCGUUGGCCUCUUCUUCCUCCACAGCAAAGGCAUCAUAUACAGGGACCUGAAGCUGGACAACGUGCUGCUGGACGGCGAGGGCCACAUCAAGAUCGCGGAUUUCGGGAUGUGCAGGGAGGGGAUGCUGGAGAACGAGACCACGCGCACUUUCUGCGGGACCCCCGACUACAUCGCCCCCGAGAUUGUGGCCUACCAGCCCUAUGGAAAAGCUGUAGACUGGUGGUCUUAUGGAGUCCUGCUGUAUGAAAUGCUGGCUGGACAGCCUCCAUUUGACGGAGUGGACGAGGAGGAGCUGUUUCAGGCCAUCAUGGAGCAGAGUGUCUCCUACCCAAAGAACCUCUCCCGUGAAGCCGUCUCCAUCUGCAAAGGGUUCAUGACCAAACACCCAGGGAAGCGUCUCGGAAGUGGGGAGGAGGCAGAGAGAGAGAUUCGAGACCAUCCCUUCUUCCGUUGGAUCGACUGGGAGAGGCUUGAGAGAUUGGAGAUCCAACCUCCAUUCAAGCCCAGGACUGGAGGAAGGAAAGGGGAGAAUUUUGACAAGUUCUUCACAGCCGCCCCGUCGGUCCUGACCCCCUCUGACCCCGACGUGCUGGCGGAAAUCGACCAAGGCGACUUCCAGGGCUUUUCCUUCAUCAACCCCAACUUCCAUCCUUCCCCCCUCUCUGUGGUCUGAAUUGAAGGAGGAGGGGAGACGGGAAUGCUGUUCGCUGGUGUUACCCCUGCUGGACACUACUCUACCCUCUAACGCUAACACUGAGAGAGAGCUAGGGGCGUGCUCUCAACACACACAGUAGGCACUCAACACUCACAUGGGCACAAGGGUACAGUUAUGGUCCUGACAUGCAAAAAAAAACAAAAACAAAAAAACAAAGGGGUCAGUAUUCAAUAAAUGGCAUUUAAUCAGAUUCUCCAACAGGUAGGUAUUUUUCAAUUCACCGUGUAUUUUGGAGGCGUCCGAUAACUUGGAGGUGUUCUAAAUGGCAUAAAAAGCAAAGGUACACAACCAGUACACUAUUUCUGUAAAAAAUUACAGUUUGAGAAAGAAACAUUAGAGUGAGACAAAUCCAAGCUUGCUUUUCUAACUAAAUGAAUGGAUGGUAACUUUUUGGAAGCUGGUUGAAUGUCCAGGCACUUAACUUACAAAUGUGGUAUUCUGAUUACAUCAUGAAGGCACCUUGCCAUUUUAAAAGAAUUAUAUAAGCAUUUUAGAACAUAUAAUUAUAAUAGUACUAGAAUAGUAUAAUUUAAAUAUGUGACUUUGAAGACCAUGUCGCAGUUUUGAAGGUCACAAUAGAUUGCCUACCUUCUUUUAUGUUAAGUACAUAACCAUACAUGCGCACAUCUCAUCCCCUGACAUACAUUCACAUUUGCUGUAGGUUCACACUUUCACACUUUCCCCACAUUUAAACCGAACUGUGAAUGAACUGGCAAGCACUUGCUGCUACUGACAGCAACACUUCCUUGUUGUACCAAACUGACCACUGGCCAUCACUUUCUCCGUUAUUUCAUCGCAGAACGUCUGCCACAAUUACACACUGCUGACCACUCUACUGUAUCCGUUAUCAAGGUUGUGCCUUGAGACACGCAUAACCAAUGUAUUUAUUCAUUUUUUAUCGUAUGGCUAAAUUGUACUGUUCUCCGUGUCCGGGAGAUUUCAUGCUGGCCUGGCACUUUGACCCGAGUUUGAGCUGAAGAGGCAAUGUGUCAGUGUGGGGCUCUCUGACGGAGGUCACUCAGAGCAAACCUGGGCUGACUCAGCUGCUGCUGCAGUUCUCUGGAUGACAUGGGGUUGAUCCCCAUCUGAAGGAGGCAAGAGACAGAAACCUGUCCCGUGUGUAGCACCAGUACAGCGGUACGAUGUGAAGAUAAUUCACAUGUUCAUCCCGUAUGGGUAAUGUGCAGAUAUGCAAGUUUCACACUGCGGCCAACAGACAUACGCAGUACGAUUGGUUGUUCGUUUGCCCGGCGGUUAUGUUCUUGGAAAAAAACAACAUGCGAUAAUGUGUGGGUGGAAAGGAUAUAAAAAGAAAGCGAAGAUACGUGCCAAAUUGGGAAUUUUUGUUUCAUGUUGAUAAGAUGUCCCCUGUAAGCUAUACAUCCUACAAACAGGCACUGAUACCAACAAUAGGCCUGAUCGAUGAGAACACGGAUGUCUUCGAAAGUUAAGACUCUGCGAAUCGCCUCUUCGCAGGCCAAUCCAACAUUGCCAUUGUACCAAAGCCAAAACAGUUAUUUGCUUGCCUCAUUUUUUGAGGCCCAGUCACACACAUUUCUCUUUGUGCUCAUAGCAUAUACUUAUUAAAGGAAAGCAAGAGACUAAUGAACGUUUCAGACAUGUUAUUCGGAAACUGCUUGAGUGGAAGGCCCCUGGACAGAAACACCCUGUUGCGUCGUCUUUCAGUCUGUGCCAUGAGAGUAGAGUCGAGGCAGAUGUAUGAACUGCAGUGUGAAGUCCUCGCGCUCAACACCUUUUUCAAACUCAUUUCAGUGUAGGCCAAGGUCAAAGUGCCAGUAUGCAAGGAAUCUGUGACAACAAUAGUUACAUUGUUAAAUUAUACUGACAGACAGACAAAAAGAGAGACAUAUAGAUAGAUAGAUAGAUAGAUAGAUAGAUAGAGAUAGCUGAAUUAAUCCCAACAAAAACAUAAUUAAAUGCUUUAAAGGAAAUAUAUGUUGAGUUAUUGUGUUUAUUUGGUAAUAUCUUGGUGUGUCUCUCUACAUUGAAAAUCUUAAUAAAUCAAAUAAUUCCUCUGUGA